UUAUUCCAGCAUAUCCGGCGGCUUCUCAUGGAGUAAGUUCAUGGAACUGACCGUAGACGACUCGGUCGUUAGAUUAUUAUAAAACCACAAUGUCUGUCGCUUUCUGAUAGACUCAUUCAUUCAAUCUUGCAGCUCUCUGCUUCACUGCCACACAACGUAUACGUUCGCUCCUGAAUUCCUUGACACUCUUUCCUCUACGAAACUUGUAAAAAUGAGAUUCUUUCUUCCCCUUGCGCUCUUCAUCGCCGCUGCCCAGGCCCAGCUGAUCCUCGGCGCGAUUGCUCUCAUCGAGUUUACUAUAGAGAUCCUCGAGGCUGCCGAAGUGGUCGCCACGGUCGAGGUCUCCGUCGAUGCAGCCCUCACCGGGGCUGAGGCCGCCGAAACCGCCGUGGUCGAAGGCACCAUCACUAACGUCGGUACUACCGUAACUCGCGCGGGAGAGGCGGCCAUCGAAUUGGAGGGCGACGCAUCCCUGUCUGGCUUCGGCCGCGUCGCAACCGAGGGCCCCGGCUUCGCCCAGGGAACUUUCACCUACCGCCAGCAAUUCCCCCUCGGCGUCGGAGCGGGCCGUAGGGCAACUGCGAACCCGCAAAUCUCUCUCAACUUUGGCGCUCGUACCAAUGCCGUUCGUUCCGGAGGAACUACCAAGAUCAACUUCAGCAACCCUUCUCUUAGUAACGUCCGUCUCACCAACCCCGGCGGAGCACGCACCAGUGUCCGCAUCAAGGGCCAGCCUGUCACCAGACUUCUCCAGUCUAGUUAAGCGGUCUAUCGUGGGAGUUGUUUAGUCGGGCAGCUUCUCAAUCUUCAAGAUGAUGCAAUACCCUCUGUUAUGUUCAAAACAUAACAUUGGCCAGCCGAACUCGACGUUGCACAUCGAUUCAGUUAGUUGCAAGGCUGAAGACCAGAAGGUUGUGCCCGAUAUAGAUCGCGGUAUCUAGUCACGUUAGAAUGCAUGCGGAUCGAGAGAAUAGAAAUACAUUUUAAAAAUCAGUUGGACGCAAGCACCGUUUCCAAACAAAAAAAUACGAUAUGCUAACGAGACAUU